AUGGAACAGGAGGCCUUGCAAGCGGUACGGGCAAAGAAGGAGUGGUCAAUCCUGCAAGGAUAUGACGAAGACCACCAUGCUGACGUCAGCGAUUUAGGCAACGACCUGGGCUCGGGCAUCUCGCUCGGAGAGGGAUGGUUUUUGCAGACGUCAGGUAUCGUGCUGCGUGGCAAGGGAAAAAGCCUUGCUUCAAGAGGCUCCCUGAUUGAUGAGGAGGUUGUGAGAGACUGGGGCAUUCCGCUGUUGCUUCCGUCGGCGGAUGAGAGUCAAAGGAGCUUUGCAGGUCACCCACUGACGGACAGGCAGAGCUUUGGCUCUCACAGUCCAUGGCUUCUGAGCUCCGUCGUGGUUGCUUGCCGUGCUUACGCGUGGCUUAGAUCGCCUGGAUUGACGAAGAGGAGAGCGGGCAGGGUAUGUUUCCCGGUUGACAUGCUCCGUCCGUGCCCUGUGCGUUCUGCUUAUGUGCAUAUACCAUUUUGCCGCCAACGCUGUCACUAUUGCGACUUCCCGAUCGACGUUGUUCGCCAGACCAUUGAGCGACCCAGAGUGAGCAGAUAUCUGUCUUGCUUGAGAACGGAAAUCUUCAGCGGCGGUUCCGGAAGCUUGGAGGAGGCUUCCUUUAAGAGCCAGCCAUUGCAAAGCUUGUACUUUGGCGGAGGCACGCCAUCCCUCCUUCCAGCUGACAAUCUCGAAGAGCUUCUUAUGUUGUUGCGCGAGCGCUUUGGCUUUGAUUCAGACUGUGAAAUCACCUUCGAAAUGGACCCAGGGACAUUUUCCGAAGAGAAGGCCCGUCAAUUGGCAUCUUGCGGUGUUGUGCGGGCAAGCGUUGGGAUCCAGAGUCUAAGUGACGAGAUUUUAACCCGGUGUGGUCGCGGGCACACUGCAAAAGAAGCGAGAGAGGCGAUUCAGCUCCUGCAGACAUGUGGCUUUGAAAACAUUUCCGCCGACAUCUUGAGCGGGGUUCCUGGACAAACUGAGGCGCAGCUGAGAUAUGAGCUGCGUGAAUUGAACGAGUUGGGGAUCAAUCACCUGUCAGUAUAUGAUUUGCAGUAUGAGCAGGGCACGGAUUUUGCCCGGCGGUUUCCGGAUCCGGGCACCUCCGGUAGGCCGACAGAAGAAGUUGCAGCCCAACUCUAUGAAAUUGCUCACGACGAGUUGGAGACGCUGGGCUUUGAACACUAUGAGAUAUCCAACUAUGCACGCUUAACAGGGCAGGGUCCGAGCCGUAACAGAUCACGGCACAAUCAAACAUAUUGGCAGCGCAAGCCGUACGCAGCAUUCGGAAAUGGUGCUGCAUCUUUUGUUGCGGGAUUGCGCGCAACUCGUCCGAGGGCAUUGAAAGAGUACUGUGCUUGGAUCGAAAGAGGGGCGCCCGCAUCUAUGUUGGAAAUGGAUACAUCCCAACGCGAUGACUUGCGGGAUGCCAUGUUCGAAGCGGUUAUGCUUGGCCUACGCACUUUGGAGGGCAUAGAUAUGGAGGCGGAGGGCCCUGAGGCAACUCAGUAUCUUCUCGCUAUGGCUCGAGCCUUGAAGCCAUGGGAGGAGUCCGGCGAUCUACGCAUGGACUGCUCUUGCUUAUCUGGCAACAGCCAGUGCAGCCUCACUGCAGCUCUGCUUCCGCCCAAGGGUUUUCUGGUGUCAGAUGCCGUCCUCUCAGAUGCGUUGGCGGCAGUUCUGACUGUGGAAGACCCGGAGUGGCAGCAGCUAUUGGAGUCACUGCCGCAGGCUCCUCUUGCCAAAGAGGAGGGUCGCCGAUCCAGCGGGAGGUUCUCGGUUUGCUCCUUGGAGUUGUUCACAGGAACUUCCACGAGCAAUUCCUGGACGAAGGGCCCCAGGGCGAGCUCGCUUAACGAGGAGCUGGAAAGCACCAGCAUUUGGACUGGCCCGACGCUGGUAUCCAACGCUUGGUCGGACAGCCUCCUUGUCCCUUCUCGUCAGAGUAUCAAGGUCGCCUAUGGCAGCGAUACUCUUUUCCAGAUCAAGCUGGUGCGCAGGCAGCUUCUGCUGCAGCACUGCAAGAAGCAAGUGCCCAAGGUGCCUCAGGUUGCCGCUGUCGAGGCGCCAGCCGCUUGCGUGGAAAGUCAUAGAGCAGAGGGCAUGGAGGCAUUCGUUGGGUGUUCGGCAGGAGGCACGCGCAUCAACACCGUCUGUGUCCCACCUGUCUUGCUGGGUCAGGAAGAGAAAUUGCUCCGACCUCAGCCAUGCCUUCAUGCUGCGGGCUAUAGCGCAGCGGCUGCAACAAUGUUGAGGACCAUUCUGCCUCCAGUGUUGCCAGUGGAUUUAAAGGAAAAGCGCCGCGUGACCUGGCAGUCUUCGUUGAAGAAGAUCAAAUGCUGUGAGACGGGGAAGGAAGGCCACAAGCAUACACCCAAAGUCAUGUGGAAGUCUUGGAGCCUGCUUGCAAACUUUCAGGGCAUCCUCAGCGAAGACUCUGUGGCCAAUGCUGCCCUUUUCUUCGUCGAUGGACACUACCCAGAGGUGGAGGAGCUGGCUCCGUCGCUGCGAGCAGCUGGCCUUGAAUGCCAUGUCAUCGGCAAAAGGACAACCAGAUAUGCAGAAUUUGUACAGCAUGGUCUCGUCGCGGUCCUCCACAAGCCACUUCGACGCAAGUCAACGAAACGCCGUCGGAAGGAUAGGCUAAAGGAUGGCGACUCGGAGCCCGUGCUGGUGUCCACGGUGCCAGAACUGCCGGACGAGUCCAUGCAGUCUGCGGCCUUUGCUGAUGAGGCAUCCGAGGAUGAAGAGCAUCCUGAAGCCAAUUCUGGAGUUUCACUGGACAAGAGACAGCGAGGCGAAGAGAGAGAAGACAGUAAGGACGAGCAGGAGGAGAAGAGCGAGAAGAAGGAGGAGGAGGAGGACAAUGAGCAGAUUGAAGAAGGGGAAGCAUCUGAAGAGAACGACAAAGCGGAUGAGCAGGCAAAAGGACGGCAGAGUAGCGAAGAGGAAGAAGCUGGUGACAAGAAAGUUGUUGAGAAUGAGUCGGGGGAGGGCGAGUCGGAGGAAGAGCAGGAAGAGCAAUCAGAGGAGCAGGCAGAGGAGGAGCAGGAGGAGGAGGAGGAGGAGCAGGAGGAGCAAGAAGAGGAACCAGCUGGAGAUCAAGUCGAGCCGGAGGAAGGGGAGAUCGAAAGCGAGGAGGCAGAAGAUGAAAGCAGGACUCAGCAGAUCGAUGGCAAGAAGGCAGCUCGGAGAUCCCCCAGCCCUGACAUUUCGGAGAACGUGUCCGCAAUCAAGCUCGUGGAGAAGAAGGAUGUGAAGCGGCGUGAGUCUUCGGGUAGUGCACCGCGGAAAAAAGAAAAGAAGCACAAGAAAAAGAAGCAUUCGGGCAAGCGACCUCCUGACAGCUCCUCUGAGCGAGCAACUGAAAAGCGAGGCGAUGCACCUCCAACUUUAGGAGAUGGAAGCAGAGCGCGGCCCCGAUCCCGAAGUUGCAGCCCGCGAAAGCCCCUGCCACGCCGGAAGGCUGGUAGGGACGGUAGGGAUGGUAGGGAGAGAGAAAGAAGCACGGCAAGAGUCCAGGACGAAGCCCUGCCAAGGAGACGGGCGAGAAGUGCAGAUAAACGAUCGCUACGGCGUGAUCCUUCGCCAAUAAGGCGGACCAGGAGAGGUGAUUCUGCACGCGCUCCACGUGCCAGUGAAGGCAAGCGGAGGGAACCACUCGAGAAAGAUGACAAGAAGGACAAGGACAAGCGCGAGAAGCGCGACGCCAGAGACAGGAGAACCUCGCCAGAGCGUAGAUCAACUCAGCGAUGCAGGAGGUCUCGAAGCGGCAGGUCCAGAAAUCAACGAUCGCCAAAGCGCAGAUCUAUGAAGAGAAGAUCUCGCAGCGGUAAGAGAUCUCCGAGCAGGAAACAGCGCAGAAGAUCCAGAAGUCAACUGUCUCGAGGCAAGAGGAGUCCCAGCACCAGCCGUGCCGUGCGGGAUGAUCUGCGUCGGGUGCCGGAGAUUGCCAGAGCUGAGAACGAAGAGUCUCCCAGGAAGGACGGGAAGGAGGGUGAAGCUGCAGAGCAGGCAGAGCCAGUUGCCACACCGACAGCGACCGCGGUGGUCAACACGGCGGCGACAAUGACUGCUACGUCCACCUCGACUGUACAGCCGAGUUCCAAACCGCCAGAGAGUGACUACUUGGAGCAGGCUGAGAAG